AUGGUGUCUAAAGCUAGCAGAGAGGAGAAGACAAAAGCUAAGAACUCGUCAGAUGUAGACCGUCUAGCUGAUCUGUUAGGAGCUAUAAAAAUCAACGAAGGUGCUUGCUGGGCUGUAGCAUCGGUGGCGGCAGUAGAAUCGGCUACCAGAAUCAGUUCAGGACCUGAGGUAUCACUUCCGCCACUUUCAGUCCAACAAAUUCUGGACUGUGCCCGCGGUGACGGUUGUAGAGGAGGAUUGGAAACUGAUGCUUAUUGUUACAUAAUAAAGAAUAGAGGACUGGCAAGCGAAGAAAGAUACGGGUCCACGGAGAAGAAUGGAAUAUGUGACAAGAGCCGAGCAAGUCAGGUUGUCGGAGGUAGCAUCAUGGCAUUCGCGCUGGUACGUCCACAAACGGAGACGGCGCUCGAGGAAGCCCUCUGCCGGGGACCAGUGACCGCUGGAAUUGCUGCAAACAGCUUAGACUUUGUUAAAUAUUCAGGCGGAAUAUUUCGUGGGGCUUGUGGGGUGGAAAGCGACCACGCUGUCUUAGUGGUCGGAUAUGGAAAAGAUGAUGACGGUACGAAGUAUUGGAAGAUUCAGAACUCUUGGGGAAAGAGUUGGGGGGAGGGAGGGUACAUGAGGAUGUCCUACGAGGCUGGAGAGGGAUGUGAAAUUACGCAGAAUGCUUCUUUUCCUUUGGUGAAUGUUACAGAUUACGAGAUCAGAUAG